UAUCAUGAUCUUAUUCAUCUUGCGUGCAAGUCCAGUGAGCCAAUCUUUAAAAAUAAUAUUUUAAAAUUGAAGCGUUAACCUAUCAAUAUAAGAAAAGGUUUGAGAAAGUCAACUGUCGAUGUAAAAAAUGUUUAACAUUAGUGAAGGCGAGAUAUUGAACAACAUUUCCCAACAGAAAAACAGCUAUGGAAAAGAACCAACACCUUACGAUAUUUUAACUACCAGCAUUGGAUUAAUGGCCGUCAUACUGAACGGUCUUCUCCUUAUCGCCAUGUUUCGUAACUCAGAAAAAAUCUUCAUAUCAAAUGGUGCUUACUUAGUCGCAAAUGUUGCAAUGGCCGAUGCAUUGACGGGGAUAAACUCGUCUCUUUGGGGAAUCAAAACACUGUUUCUCUCAAAGCCAGCAAGGAUUGUGUCGAUGUCAAUAUUUUGGAUAACAUUCGAAGCAUCGUUUUUAACGAUAUUUAUUAUGUGCCUUGAAAGGUAUAUAGCUAUUGUUUAUCCAUUUAAAGCCAACUUAUGGCUCAGUAAGAGACUAACAUUAUAUGGUUGUCUGUUAACAUGGAUCAUAUCGGCUGUAUGUGGUAUAUCUAUCGCUUUCAACAAAAACACCACUCAAAUUGUUCUGGCGUUUUUCUUCGAAAUCACCAUCAUCGUUACUUGUUUUCUAUACUUUAAAAUAUAUUUCAAGUUAAGAGAGCGACGUCUUGACUGCACGCCUGGGGCGUUGUGUGAUAACCAUAGCAACCAUGAUCUCCAACGUGAAUACAAUCUGACCUUGGUGGUGACGGUACUCACCAUAAUUCUUGUGGUAACUGUUCUCCCAUACAUGGUUGGCGGGCAAUUCAGUAUAUAUUAUAAAAACAAUCGUACUCUAGCAUUAUUCUUACUGUAUUAUUUUCCAGUGGAACUCACAAACGUUGUACUUAAUCCAUUUAUUUAUGCUAUACGUCUACCAAAAUAUCGUCGUGCCAUAUUAAAUACUCUAAAACCAAUAACUAAACCGGUUCAACUUAUAUUUACAACUGUACAUAACCCACGAUAUUAAAGAGUAAAAAAGUGGUCCUUUACAUUGUACACCGACUUGAAAUUUUUAAAGACAGUAGAAACCAUUCAAAGAAAUUGACUCAAAACAUUUUUUCAAACUCAACUCUGUAGA